GCGUAUUUGAAUCGUGGGGAGGAAUCGCCCUUCAUUACAGACCUGUACUUGGGCGGUGGCAUUGCAUUUCUGGCGACUUUGAUCCGCUUCCUGGUGCUCCGGGGCCACGCCAUGGAGGAGCGGUGGCAUGGGCUCACGGCGCCCUUCAUGUCCUUUGUGCUGUUGGACUAUGCGCCAUUUCUGGCUCUCGCCUUUGCAGAUGUCCUGGACCUUGAUACCAGCAGGUAUCCUUGCGUGGUGUCCCUGCGGGAGCGCGCCAAGGCCGCCAUGGCCCGCUGGACCCCCUCCAAGCGCCUCUCCGGGCUCACCGGCCAUGCGCUGGACCAGACGGUGGCGGACGCCGUGGCGGCCAGCCACGACUUGGUGCUGCCGCCUGAGCACAUGCCCCUGGAUGCAGAGCCGCCCUUUGGGCCAUCUUCGCGGAAGAAGAAGAAGAAGGCGAAGCCGGCGCCGGCGCCUCCAGUUCACGAGGAGUCGAAUGUCGAGUCGGAUUUGGAGGACAUCGGCAAUGAGGCUCCGCCUGACAUGAGGCACCACACCUGGCACUGGCUGACCUGCCAGGACGUGAGCAGAUGGGCCAUCGCGAGUCGGAAGCAGGUACGGGACUACUACAAGUUCUCCGGCUGCUGCGACCGGAAGCCAUCGUGGGGAUUCUUGCAGGAGGAGGAGCCAUUCUUCGCCAAGGACUGCGACCCCGGCCUGGAUAUCGACGAGUUGGACGAGAGCUCGGGGCUAUGUCUACUCAGCCCCGCAGGUGCUGCGGGUGUCGAGGCGAGAGCCGAGAGCGAGACCGAGAGCGAGGAGGACCGGCAGGGUGAGGAUGGCAGCGACAUCAGCACGGCAGAUGCGCCCAGUAGCCAGGUCAAGAUGGCGGAGCGGCAGGAGAUCACGCGCAACCAGGGCUACGUGGAUGCUGGCCUCGGCACAGGUGCCGGGACACGCCAGGCGCUCUGGCCGAUGACUCUCAAGGGUGUUUUGAGGCAGUUACUUCAACAAGUGCCCGGGCUUCAGAAGAUGGCGCGGCAGCAUCCUUGCUGGCUGCACCUCACCCUUUGUGACUCCUUCCGGCUCUCUGCGUGCAGCAAAAUUCACUCCGCCCUUUUUGAGGAGGCGGCUGCAUUGGCAGUGCUGAGAAGACAGCAAAUGGCUGAGGAGCUGCUUCAAGAAUCCGAGUGGGAGGAUCUUGAUAGCGUCCGAAGCGCUGUGGUCGGAAAUUGCUUUCAGCUCUUUGGAAGGUGAGGGGUUGAUUUUUUGGUGAUCCAGUUGCCUUGCCGAUGUGCAAUGGCCACACGAUUUGCGCGACGCUCAACCCUCAAUUGUCCA